AUGUUGACGAUUGGACCGCUGAUUCCGAAGAACUACUUCCCUCUUGCUCCGGCGGCGGCGUACAUGGCGGUUGGGCUGGUGUCGACAAUGCUCAUCUUCCCUGAGACGCUGAGCCAUCACGUCCUUAAGCUGCACAGCAGGGAGCAGCUGAGAAACAUUUACAACCUUCUGGCGAUCCAGAACGACGUCAUCCACACAAGAAUCCAGGACCGUGACGAAUGGGCCAGCCUUGCGAAGAAAAUCGCCAACAUGCGUGAUGCGUCGACGGCAGCGAGCGCGAUCGUUCUCUCGGAGGGCAGAAUGCUGCCGCUCGAGAUCAGCUAUGGCCGUAUCGGGCCGAAGGAGAUGCAGUCCAUCCUGAAGGCUGGGCGGGAGCUGGGAUCAAGAGCAUUUGCGAUGGGCUCGUUCGCAAUGAUGAUCGAGGGGCGGUACAAGAACUGGUCUGAGUGGAAAGCUCAUCCGCACCCAAUCACCACACUGCGGGUCAAGGAGGAGAUCGAUCUUAUCGAAGCCCGAAGGCACGCAGGCGGGUUGACCCUGGACGACCUCAUGCCCCAGGUCGCGUCACUAUCGCAAGAGUUGCGUCAGGUCGCCGAAAUCGUGAUGUUGGGCGAGAUCGAGUGGCUCGACAAGGUCAACUACUACCGUUAUUCGAAGCUUCCCAAGGACUUCCCUGGCAUCGAGAGCCGCUCUGCCGCCCUGCACGCGCUUGAGGAUGCCCUACUCAGGUUCCGGCAGAGCAAGCAGCUGCAGAUCCUGGAUGGGUAUCGCGGUCUCUUCGACGCGGAAGGCAAGCUGAAGACCUCGGUUGCGCCCCACCUUGCGACCGACAUGCGCCCGCUAUUCCAGAUGUUUGUCUUCACGACCACGCUGGUGCAGUUCUGCACGACCCUCAUUGAGUGGACGCAACUUCUAAUCGGCAUCGAGGCGAAAAACCCGGACAACGUCUUGCAGUACCCAGGCAGGAAGCGCUUUAUCUCGACGCUCUGGAGCAGCGCGAAGGACGAGGAUACUGGCGAGGACGCCUUCGACUUCAGCGUUCACGACCCUCUCAAGGACAACCACCAGUCGGUCGAUACUGGAGGAAGUCUGGGCGUCUUCGCUGAUGACGAGAAGGAGUUUAAGAAGAGCGUCAAGCGUGACAAGAGGAUCCGCCGCAAAUGGGCAAAGGACCCGGACGCUCGCAAGCCGGUCAACAUCUUCCAGCAUGUCAACGCCGCCAUCGUUAGGGUUGUCAAGACCCUGUCUUCGAGCAACGGUAUCUUCGCUCUUCGUUACGCCUUCAUCAGUAUCGCUUUGUGGAUCCCGUCCGUCUGUAACACCAGCGCGUCCUUCUACUACAUCCACCGAGGCGUUUGGGCGCUCAUCAUGGCGCAAUGCGGCCUCGGUGUGACAGCUGGCGAGCAAGUCGCAAACUUUGUGACUCGUAUGGGUGGCACUGUGCUUGGUGUGGUUGUGGGAAUGGUCGCCUGGUACAUCGGUGCGCCUGGCAACGCUUCCGGCAAUCCUUAUGGCGUUGUGGCAGCCACCAUGUGUCUCUUGGCUCCCUGGCUGUUCAUCCGCACCUGCUGCCCCAUGAGCCUGCUCGGCUUCUGGCUCAUGUUCUGUGUCACAAUCUCCUUCUUGGUCGGAUACUCGUGGGACGACAACAAGAUCCCAACAUCUGCAAACCAAGGCGCGGGCGCAUCUUUAGCAGGUCGUCGAGCUUUGCUGGUGCUGAUUGGAUUCGCUGGAGGUAUUAUCAUCUCGCUGAUUCCGAAACCGACAAGCGCCAAAGUGCUCGUACGCCAGGGCAUCUCCAAGAAUAUCGCGUCCCUUGGUGAGCUAUACGCGCUCGAGGUCACGGCGUUCGAGACUGGUAGGGGCGAUGAGGACGCGGAGGGCGAUGUCAAGCAGCGCCGAGAGCGCUACCGCCACCAUUUCUUCAAGAUCUUCAUGCGCUUGCAGGGCAUCGAGUCUCGCAUCAACAGUGCCAAGUUUGAACCGAGCAUGACCGGACCUUGGCCCAAGUCGCAUUACAUCAAGCUCGUGCACACCCAGAAGAUGAUCCUUGCGGCUGGCGCUGUGCUGUCGGGGGCAUACGCCAAGAUGGACGAGAAGUACUGUCGAUUCCUCACCAAUCUGGGUGGUAUCAUGGAACCCAUGUUCAUCGCCGACUGCUUCUCCCUCUUCGCGCUCCUACGCCAUUCGCUGAGAAACGGCACCCCACUGCCUCCCAUCGUUCCAAUCUUCGAGCGCCUCAUCUACCACCGCAAGUCGUCGACUUCGCGAAUGCUGGUCGCCCAGGAGUCACGAGGGCAGGUAGCGCAGCUCAAGGACGAGAGCUCCAGUAAUCAGAGCUCGCAGACCGUGGGCGGUGGCGACAAGGAGAGUAGUGGCUCAGAAGAAGGCACCCUGUCGGAUGCCGAGAAUCGUCUCGUUGACAUCAUCUCGCCCUUCAUCAACUGGAAUACCAUCCGGGACGAGCAGUUUGCCAUCUUUGCGACCGCGCUCGUGUGUUUGGUUCAGAUUGUCAAUGGCCUGAACCAGAUGCACAUUGAGGUCCUCCAGCUGGUCGGUACACACCAGCUCAGCGGCUUCGAGCAUCUGGCCGAGAGAUGGGCGCGACUGGGCCGCAUUGCUUGA